AUGGCGAACUUUCACAAAUCCAAAUCCGACUACGAUGAUCGCCGCCGCUGCAAACGGCAUCCGAAGCACCACCAAUCUCCCGGCGUUUGCUCGCUCUGUUUGGCCGAAAAGCUCUCGCAAAUCGUCUCCGCGACAUCAUCGCGUAAAGUCUCCGAUUCUCUUUCUUCUUCCUGUUCCUCUUCUUAUUACUCCUCUGCUUCCUCUUGUUCUUCCUGUUCUUCGCCGAAUCCUCCUUACGGUUACAAUACGGAUCGCCGUAAGGCUUUCGUGUUUUCGGCGUCUUCGAUCUUUAAAAAAAGUAGAUCGAUGGCGUUCGCGCCGAGAUUGAAACGAGAAACAGAGAGCGAUAGUGGAAAGAAUAGUAACCUAGGGUUUUGGUCGAGGUUUCUUAGACGGCCGAGACGGAAGAUAAUGGAAUUUGAAGAGGUUUUGAUGCACUCGAGAACUGUCGUACAGAGGGACGUGCAUGGCUGA